CACAAUAAUAUUUGUAAAUUAAGUAAUUAUUUAAAGUUUAAUGGAGUAAGAAAAAAAAAUCAAUACGAAAUAUGAACAAAACACGAUUUUUAACGAAAAUAAAUUUUAAUAAUUCAAGUAGGUUUGUUAGUACUGUAAAAAAACAAUCUCCAACUCAAUAUUGUUUACAACUUGUCAGGUAUUGUCAAGCGCCAGCGAUAGCAAUCAGAGCUUUCAAUGUUGAAAUAGCACUUGUCCAGGAACAUUCUCGUGAACUAGCAAUAGCUAACAUGAGGUAUACAUUUUGGAAUGAUACUUUGGCUAAAAUAUUUGACAACACGCCUCCAGAGGCUCCUGUCCCUCUAGAACUAUCACGAAUUUUAAAGACGAGAAAAUUAUCUAAAAGGUACUUCCAACGUCUCCUGGACGCGAGGUGGAAGCAUUCUCAAGGUUCUUCCUUCCUGGAUCUGGCUGCUAUGGAGCAAUACUCCGAAAAUACGUUAUCUUCGAUUUACUAUCUGUUACUAGAAGUUAAGGACAUCAAAGACGUCAACGUUGAUCAUAUGGCCAGUCAUCUGGGAAAAGCGCAGGGUAUUAUAAAUUUACUGAGAUCAGUACCCUACCACGCACAGCGGAGGAAUCUCGUCCUUCCCCAGGACGUCUUGAUGCAAAAUAAUGCGAAAAAAUUGAGAAAGAAUAUUAAAAUGAAUUUAGAUUAUAUUUUUUUACCAGCUGUGAUUGUUGAGAGAUACUUGAAAAAGCUUCAAUAUGUUGACUUUAAUAUUUUUGAUAAAAGAUUACAUAUUAAAGAAAAUAUGUUACCAUUUAAAUUAUUAUGGGAAAAAUUAUUUACCAAAUGGUAA